UAAUUUUUUGACGUUUUGUCAUUUACAAUUUGUUCAUAUUGUAUUGCAAUUUUACAUUUAUUUUGCAGACUGGUUCAACGAGUAAGAUAAUGGUAACAGAGUGCGUUUUACUGGGUGUUUUUUAUAUAUUCGCUUAUUUUUACACGGAUUAUAUCGUUCGUUUUCCGUUUAUCCACAAGUGCCUUUAAAAAAUCAAGUAAAUCGUUCAUUUAAGUCAAAAUGGUAUAUCCGCACGUAUUUAGAACGGAACAUAGCGAAACUAGAACCACAAAUGGGGAGUACGGGGAGUUUUUUGCUAAAACGUUAGAAACAAAAAUGAAAAUUCAACCGUCGUUAUUGAAGAUACUUCAGUAUACAGAUUCGAACAGAGAAAAGUUUGUAGAAGAUCUAAGAGAGUUCCUCACCAUUAAAUCUAUCUCGGGAACCCUUGAAAACUUAGACGAUGCUAAUCAAAUGGUUAAAUUCGUCGAAAAAUGGAUGAAGAAAUUGGGCGUCAAGUACGAAUGCUUUGAUAUUGGCACGACGGAAAUUGAAGGAAAGAAAGUUUCAAUAACACCGGUGAUUAUUGGAAGAUUGGGAACAAGUCCUAACAAACAAACGCUUCUUAUUUACGCCUACUUGGACGUCAAGAAUCCAGAUAUGGAAAAAUGGGAGACAGACCCCUGGGAUGCAGUUUUAAAAAACCAAAAACUGUACGGCAACGGGGUGGCAGGUGGCAAAGGUCCUUUAGUCUGUUGGUUUCACGUCAUCAAAGCAUUUCAAGACAAGGGCACGGAACUUCCGGUUAAUAUUCAAUUCCUUGUCGAAUCUAUGCACUACAAAAAUAGCCAAAACCUGGAAGACUUUAUAACCAAUAAUAGACAAAGACUUUUUCCCGAUAUUAGCAGCACAAUCGUGAAUGAUUGCGAAUGGAUGGGCGUAAAAUAUCCGUGUAUUUUUUACGGAUGUAUAGGAAUACUACAUUUUAUGUUGACGGUAACGAAAAAGGAAAAUUCUACCGCAGAUCCCAAGGAAGACAUGAACAAGAUUUUCAAAGAGAUGGUCGACGAAGAAGGAAACAUUUUGAUUCCUAAUUUUGCCGACUUCGUUCAACAGAUUACACCGGAUGAAGAAAACAUUUACGAACAUAUGCCUAGAGCAAAUUUACCGCCAUAUCAACAAAAAUGGGACAAAGUUCAAAUGCUCAUGCAUUUUUGGCGACUGCCGUCGAUUUUUCUUGACGAAAUACUCGAAUGCAACUGUGACAAGCAAGACUUUUCAACUAUCAAAAGGCAUUUUGUAAUAAAAAUCGUUCCCCGACAAGUCGAUUACAAAACGGCGGAACUGGUUCAAAAUUUCGUUAAAGAUACAAGGAAAAAACUGAAGAUCGAAAGCAAAAUGGAAUGUGAACUCAUUUCUUCAUCUAGGCCAUGGGUAGAAUCGGUUAGUUCGCCACAAUACAUCGCCGCCGCAAGGGCCACAAUACAGAUCUAUAAAAUGAAGCCCAGUCUGAUCAGAGAAGACAGAAAUAUACCAAUAGUAAGUAUGCUGAGCAAGGUGAUGGAGAAGCCAGUUAUGCUUCUACCCUUGCCGUCAAUGGGUGCGAAUAUCUCGGAACCAAACGAAAACAUUAGCCUUAAAAAUUACUACGAAGGAACGAAACUUCUAGCGGCUUAUAUAUUGCAAAUUGCUGAAAUGAAGAACGUGAAGUAAACAUUUAUCGAACAAAUAAAAAUCUAUUUUACACAUAUAUAGCGUUGUUGACUUUAUAUGGCAUAAAAGUUUAUUUGUGAAAUAUAUAAGCAUAUAGGGCAAAUGUAAGUUAUUGUUUAUAUAAUUUUCAAAA